AUGUCCAAAACUACAGUUUUCAUCACUGGUGCCACCGGCUUUGUAGCCCAAAAUACGAUUGUGGAGCUUCUCUCCAGAGGAUACAGUGUUGUCGGUUCAGUUAGAUCGGAAGAGAAGGGUGAAAUGUUGAAGACUUACUUUGGUGAUAACUUCCAGUACGUUGUCGUGGCUGGGUUUGAGAAUAAGGGAGCCUUUGAUGUAGCCUUAAAGCAACAUCCUGAAGUAACCGUCUUUUUGCAUACUGCUUCCCCAGUUAGUUUUGGUACUGAAGAUUUGGAGAGGGACGUCUUGAUUCCUGCUAUCGAGGGUACAAGAAAUGCAUUGCAAUCUGUGCACGAACAUGCUCCUCAGGUCAAGAGAGUGGUCGUCACCAGUUCUGCUGUUACUUUGAGCAACUUCUCUGAUGUCUCUGAUCCUAAAUUCAAGGCAAACGAGGACUUGUGGUACGGUGUUACUUACGAAGAGGGUUCGAAGAACCCCUCAAUUGCUUAUACAGCUUCUAAAGUAUUUGCCGAAAAGGCUGCCUGGGAAUUUGUUGAAACCAAUAAACCAAACUUCUCUCUUUCAACCAUCCUUCCUCCAUAUGUCUUUGGCCCUCAGGCACAGGAUGAGUCUGCCAAAGGUCAAUUGAACAUUUCAGCUGAAUUUGUUGCUGCUGUCUACCGUUUGUCCAAGAUUGAUAAAGUUCCUGAAGUAUUCGGUCCUUUCGUUGAUGUCAGAGAUGUGGCUAAGGCUCAUGUUAUUGCAUUCGAGAACGAUGAAGCCAAGGGCAAGAGAAUCAUUACUUACUCAGGAAGAUUCCACCUGCAAACAAUCUUGAACAUCAUCAGAGACAACUUUGCCGAUCUUCGUGAUAAAUUGCCCGUUGGUAUUCCUUCCAAUGGUGACGUCUCCGAGUCUGUUGCAUGGGACGACCAGAAAUCGAAGAAGAUUUUAGGAUUCGAGUUCAUUGAUAUCGAGAAGACUGUUAUCGAUACUGUCAAUCAAUUGAUCAGAGCCAAUAAAUAA